AUGACAUCGACCCCUCCAAGCGCCUGCGCUGGCAGGCGACUGCUAUUAGCGCUCUUCAAGAGUCUUCGGAGUCUCUUCUCUUUGGUGUUUUCGACAGUAAGCUUCACUUGCAAACUCUUAUCGAGUUGA